AUUUAUAUUAUGUUCAUAGAAAAUAGGUCAACUAAGUUAAGUAGCAUAUUGAUAUAUCCGGCCAUUCUUUCCAAUCUGAUAUAUGUAAUCUUUGAUCUAUUUGAAGACCAUUCUUACAAAAUGAAUCAAAUGGUGAAAAACUUGACCCUUAGAUUAGCUCAGCGCUUUACAGAACAACAAAACAUUGAACUAUCUGCUGAUGAAUAUUUUAACAAAGUAGUGUCAGCUUUGCCACAGUCUAAAAUCAAAGCAUAUUUGUUAAAGAAUUUUGAGCAAGAGGUUCAAUUAUUUAAAGGGUAUUGUGAAACAUGCAAGCAUGGUAUUACUUCGUCAAAUAAUCCUGAUGUUCAAACACAACUUAGUCUUGCUGAAGAGUUAUUGCUUUAUCAAGAUAAUUCUGAAAAAUUAAGGGUUUCACUGAAUUCUCAGCUUCAACUAAAGUCCUGUAACAGUUUUAGUCAACUUUUGUUGGUCAUAUUAGGAUCAGAUUCCAAGCUUGUUUUAAAUAGCGUUGCAAAAGGCAUAUACAGGUUUUGUGAAACUACUCUGACUAAUACUUUAGCAAAUGAGGCGUGUGUAAUGGAACUCAAACAAUUAAAAGAUUUCAUUUUGAAAAUCUGUUUCUUGCUUCAGAUAAGGCACAGAGAAUUAGAAAAACAGGUUUGACUAUCAUU